GGUUUUCGUCGACAUGAUCUGAGAUCUCUCUCUCUCUUGGAAAGAGAAAACCGUCAAGUUGCAGAGGACCUUCGGGCAAGUGCUGGAAUUCGAAUUUUGCUGGCGCGAAACCCAAAUGCUCCUUUUGUAAUUUGCGGGGCAUUUCAAUUUCGGAGACGGGGAGGAGAAAGCAAUUCGUGUCGAAGCACGCAGAGGGAGCAGAGAUGACGAUUUCGGACAAUACGAGAGGACUCGUUCUCGCGGUCCUCUCGAGCUCUUUUAUUGGUGCGAGCUUCAUAUUGAAGAAGAAAGGUCUCAAGCGUGCUGGUGCUUCUGGUACUCGCGCAGGAAUUGGAGGAUAUACUUACUUGUUAGAGCCACUUUGGUGGGCGGGCAUGGUGACAAUGAUUAUUGGAGAGGCUGCAAACUCAGUGGCUUAUGUUUUUGCUCCGGCUGUUCUAGUGACCCCAUUAGGUGCAUUGAGCAUAAUUAUCAGUGCGGUUCUGGCACAUUUCAUGCUGAAGGAGCGACUGCAGAAACUAGGUGUCUUGGGAUGUGUGUCAUGUAUUGUUGGUUCAGUGGUGAUUGUAAUCCAUGCACCCCAGGAGCGUACUCCAAAUUCUGUGCAAGAAAUCUGGACUCUGGCAACUCAACCUGCUUUUCUAUUGUAUUCGGUAGCUACAGUUUCAGUAGUAUUAGUUCUGGUGCUGCACUUUGAACCUCGUUAUGGGCAAACAAACAUAUUGAUCUACUUGGGAAUAUGUUCUCUAAUGGGUUCACUGACGGUUGUAAGCAUAAAAGCCAUUGGAAUUGCAAUAAAACUUACACUAGAGGGGAUGAGUCAGAUUGCAUAUCCUCAAACGUGGUUCUUUGUUGCAGUUGCAGUCAUAUGUGUCAUCACACAAUUAAAUUACCUUAACAAGGCAUUGGAUACUUUUAAUACAGCAGUUGUUUCUCCAAUUUAUUAUGUAAUGUUCACAACACUUACAAUCAUUGCAAGUGCAAUAAUGUUUAAGGAUUGGUCGUGUCAGGAUGCGAGUAGUAUAGCUUCUGAACUAUGUGGAUUUAUUACUGUGCUUUCUGGGACGAUCAUAUUGCAUUCAACUAGAGAACAAGAGGCAACUCCUGCAACAGGUACCCAUCUGGGUGGAAAUAUUUCAUGGUAUGUUCGCGGGGAUUCAACAAAGAGUAUAGAAAAUGACCAUUUCAUUGCCCUUCAGAGUUCAGACUACUAUGAUUAGUGCAGUUCUUGAACUUUUGGUUUGUGAAAUCAUGAUUCAUGGUGGAGUAAGCUGAUGCUUCUCGUUACUCAAGACAAGAUGAAUCCAUUUUGCGGAGAAGCACACCUGUUUGGAAGAGAGUUGGUUUAGAAUGAUCUCUGGCUUGCAUUCAUCUGACAUACUGUUGUGAGACCAAAACAAA